AUGGAAGUACUCGCUGUCAGUCGCUCGAUUCCUAAAGAGUAUGAGUUGCGUGGGAUGAAGAUUUCUACUUCCAUCAUUCAUGAUCCUUUGACUUCAAAAAACGACUCCAUUGAACUAUAUGACAACGGCGUGGUAGGGAAUGAGACAGCUGCUCAUGACGGACCCGUGUAUGCAUUCUUUGCAGAGAAUUACGACUAUUGGUGCUCUAAACUUGGCGUUGAUCGUCCAUCAUGGGACUGGUGCCACUGGGGAGAGAAUAUUACAUUCAGGCACAAGGAACGGGUUUUUCUUGAAGAUGACAUUCACCUUGGUGAUGUAUGGAAAAUCGGUACAUCCGUAAGGCUCGAGGUCUGCGGCUCACGUAUCCCCUGCUCCAAGCUGGCUUGGAGAUGUGGCCAGAAAGAUCAGUGGCUGAAGCCAUUGGCAGACACUGGGCGCACUAUUUAUGAUCAUGAAGCAAAUAUCGCAAGAGACCAGCUCAAUCGUGGAAAGGCUGCCUGGAAAGGAUGGCGAGAUCUGGAGGUCUUUCGGGUGGCGGAGGAAGGGAAUAAAGUCAAGUCAUUCUACCUCAGACCCUUGGACGGAGUACCGUUGGCAAACUACCUGCCUGGUCAAUUUCUCUCAAUUCAACUCCCGGACAGGAGAAUACGCAACUGGACCAUCUCGGAUUUCCCAGUGCGCGAUAGCCCAACCUAUUACAGAAUCAGCAUCAGCAAAGUUAAUGAGGCAUCUUUGUGGAUGCACGAGCAAUGCAAGGUUGGCUCCAUCCUUUCUUCGCGGUCUCCCGCGGGCCAAUUCUUUCUCGAUUGGACACAGGAAUUACCGUUCCGGCAGGUUUACGUGUCUGCGGGAAUCGGGAUCACGCCGAUGCUUGCAAUGAUGAAGGCACAUUCCAUCCAUCCGAAGUACAGAAAGACGCCAGCCGCUUGGGUCCACGUGACCAAAGACAGCAGCGCCCUCAAUUUUAGUGGUGAACUUUCAAAGUUGGACCAUCGUUUCACGCGACACUUGUUCUUCACAGACCCCUUGGAGUCAGACAGGAGAGGCCUUGACUACGACUAUACUGGGCGGCCUGAUGCUGCCACUAUGACUCGAAUUCUGGGUGCUCCUUAUCAUUGGGCCCCCCUCAGUGAUAAAAUAUUGAUAUUGGACGCAAAGAUGUCGACAUAUCACAUAUGCGGACCGGCGGCCUUUGAGUCGUUGAUCAAGGAAUGUCUGAAGAGCGCCCAAAUUCCAGCUCCCAUGAUCAAGAGCGAAUCAUUCUCACGAGCCGGCGCCGCCACAGGUGAACUGAAGACAGCAAAAGUGCGCUUCUCCAAAUCUGGCCUCUGUGCGAAUUGGAGCCAAGACAAACCGCAGUCUAUUCUGGAGCUGGCAGAGUCCGUAGGAUUGAAGCCGGACUACGGCUGCCGGGUCGGAGCUUGUGGGAGUUGUGCCGGCAGAGUUACUUGUGGAUCCGUUAAUGGGGGGAUCCAGCCGGACGGGACCAUUCUGACAUGUUCAGCGAUGCCUGCCUCUGAAAUGGUGGAGCUCGAGUGGUGA